CGGCAGUAAACUUCUCUCGUCUUCUCACGUCAAAUCACAUUUUUCUUUCGCGAUGGUCGCGACGUCUGGGGCAGUUGUUCUAAGCCAAGACAACGAGGAAGAGACAGAGCGUCCCACGAGUCUCCAACCACUCGGAUCCGGCUUCGGACUUCCAGACGAGAAACCGCAUAUUGUGCCUGAUUCGGGGCAUGCCUUACACAAGAGUAUCAUUGAAGACUUACAAGCACGUGUCAUCGACUGGAAGGGACACUCAUUGUCCAGUUUGGGCCCACUUCAGAUGUUCGAUGUACUCCUUGUCAGACGAGAUGCACUCGUCCGAGAGUUCUGUUUUUAUCUUCUCGAGGAGGCUAUAAUCUGUGUUGGAGAAGAGAAGAAAUGUCCACCCGGAUCUAUUGUAUCUGAGAAACUUGGGAAAUGCGAUACGUUUGACGUCCGAGGCAACACACUUGGGAAGAGUGCACUCGAACUCAAAGGACGUAUCUUUAUUUGGCACAUUAAACAAGUCACUGAUACGAGCGCACCGGGCGAAUUGAGACUAAGAAUCGAUUUGAAGGACUCGCGCCUGGAGUCAUUCGUCCUUAUCUUCAAGGACCGUUCGAACUUGGAGGUAUGGAAGGCAGAUAUUGAGCGUCUCAUCGAGUUGCACAGCAGGCGACGCAAUUCGUUCGGAUUCCUUCCUGGUUUUUCCCUUUUCACUCGUUUCUUACCUCCCUCUUUACAUGCGUCUGACCGAGCGCGUUACUAGCCUAGCCGUCAUAGUACAUACUCGCGUGAACGAGACUGAAUAUUUUAAAUUUGUAUCUCAUUUUCUCCGCGUAUCUGUCUGUUAUUUAUUUUAAAUUAAUGAG